UGGCUCGGAACCCAGCAGCGAUUAGUACGGGAUUAUACAACCUCGAGUGCCGAUGGAUCACGUGGCGAUGCGUCGCGACGCGUGCGCGCCCCCAACCACCUGUCGCCGGGGAUGUGAGUGAGCAUGGAUGUGUUUAAGAUUGAACAGACCAUCGGGGGCGGCGUCCCCGCCCCCGACAAGAUAGCGCCGGAGGUGUCGUUCGACGCCGGAUCAGAGUUCAACCUGAGUUUCUUCGACACGGACAGCAAUCAGCAGGGCUUCAGCGAUCCGGGCUCGGUGGGAUCGACGUCGGCGAGCUCGCCGCCCCCACCGACGCCCGUGCCGGGCACGAGCGGCCCAGGGAUGCUGUCGCCGCCGCCGACCGCCAUCAAGCAAGAACAACAUUAUGUGGCGGCAGAUUCAAACAGUUCAUCGACAACCAAAUCGUUCGUUCCUUGCAAAGUAUGCGGUGACAAAGCUUCCGGCUACCAUUAUGGAGUGACGUCGUGCGAGGGCUGUAAGGGUUUCUUCAGGAGGAGCAUACAGAAGCAGAUCGAGUACAGAUGUUUGCGUGACGGCAAAUGCCUCGUUAUACGUCUCAAUAGGAAUCGAUGUCAGUACUGCAGGUUCAAAAAAUGCCUCUCCGUUGGAAUGUCCAGGGACUCUGUACGAUAUGGUCGCGUACCCAAGAGGUCGCGCGAGCGCAGCACCGAAGAAUCCUCCCGAGUCACGACCACCGAUGCCGACCAGAGCGACACCGAAACAAAGCAGCUCGCAGUAUACGACGUCAUCCUCACCGUGUCCCAGGCCCACCACGCCAACUGCGGCUACACGGAGGAGCACACGCGCAACCUCGUCCGCAAGCCGGUGGUGCCGCCUCCGGCGAGUCCCGCCGACAGCGAGGUGGCCACCUCCACCGCCGAAGCCUUCGAGCAGGAGCGGUGUUGGUUGUGGCAGCAGUUCGCCGCCAACAUCACGCCCAGCGUACAAAGGGUGGUGGAAUUUGCCAAAAGGGUUCCCGGUUUCUGCGACCUGGGACAGGAUGAUCAGCUGAUAUUAAUUAAAAUAGGCUUUUUCGAGAUAUGGUUGAGUCAUGUGGCUAGGCUGACCACGAAUUCGGUGAUGAUGUUCGACGAUGGGACGACGGUGACGAGGCAGCAGUUGGAAAUUAUGUACGAUGCUGACUUCAUUUCGUCUGUUCUGCACUUCGCCAAUACAUUCAACGCACUGGCCCUGAAUGAUACGGAAGUCGGGCUUUUCUCCGCAGUCGUGUUGUUAACAGCGGACAGAAACGGAAUCACGGAUGUUAAAUCCAUAGAGCAUCAUCAGGAUAAACUCAUCGAAGCUCUGAAAGUUCAGGUCGGCCGGAACCACGCCAACGAACCACAGCUAUUCUCGAGUCUGCUAAUAAAACUGCCAGAACUGCGCAACCUGGGCGCUAAACACUCAGCACACCUAGACUGGUUCCGUAUGAACUGGACGAAGUUGACUCUGCCGCCGCUCUUCGCCGAGAUAUUCGACAUUCCUAAAUCCGAAGACGAUCUACAGUGACCUAUGAUAGACAAGAGACGAUCGUAGUGUUCAGAUUUUUUGGCUUAUUGCAGUUUAUUUCCUGACGAAUUGUGAUCGCCAUGAAUCUUGCUGUAAUGUACGCGCUCGGACAGAGAUAAUGACGGCGGUCAUCAACUCUGUCCAAGACUGUACAUGCCUCUUCUUGCUCAAAUCGCGCCAAGGCUGAAAGGAAACGACAUCAAUCCGUGAUCGACAGGGUCUUCAGCUUGUUUAGUUUUUCGUUUCGAAAUACGUAGUUCACUUGACGUAUCGUUCAUACAUAUCAUUGUCAAGAUUACUUCUGUGUUUAGCAUAUCUGUACAUAUUGUUGCAACUCUUUGGUUAAUUUUGGUGUGGAGGGGCUUUUCGUGGAAGAGUCCGGGUUUAAAAUAAAGUUAAUGUUAGUAACGUAUCUUUAAUAAGUACAGGUGGCCCGAAGGAAGUAAAACACAGUUUUCUUUUGACAACUGACCUCGUAGUUCCAGUUUAAACUUACAAAAUAUUAGUAACAAUCAAUCGCUAAGAACUAAUUUAGUACCACAAAUACCUGGAUGACAAAAACGUAUACUUUUUUAGCGUUUAGAUAGAAUUCGUUUUAGUGUGUACAUCAAAUGAGCGUUUAUGCAAUAUUAUGUGACCAAAUUUUGAUCAAUAGGCAAGUUGCAGCGAAAGAAAAAUGUGAUUUUGGGUCCCUGCGAUCGAUAAUAGUAGUCAUCUAUUGUGCUUAUAAAGUGAGUAACAAUCAUAUCGCGGUAUAUCACUAACCCUAGUUGUACCUAUUAGGGUGUUGUUAUCUAUUAGAGUACAAACGAUUCUACUAGAGUGUAACUUUCGUUUCAGAAUAUGAAAUUUUAGGUGUCUACAGAAAUUCUUUGCAUAUCGAUGGAAUAGGAUGUACCUACUACAUAUCCCUUAUUUUGUUAAGGUGUGACUGAAGUUUCGUACUUACACAUUUCGCGGUUAGUGACAUUUAUGUAUAUAAUGAGGCUAUAAUUUUACGACUAAUUAUUAGUAGACAUUAAUUGGAAAAAUGACAUGACAAAAGACAAUUAAAUGUACCUAAUUUUAAUACUUAAUCUGUACAUAGUACAUUUUAUAUUGUUAGAGAGUAUUCUAUUAUUUAUCGGUGUUUUUAUCAAUUUUCCACUGCCUUAUCCAUUUUUAUCAUGCCAUUUCAAUUUAUUUAUUUGCAAAUUAUAUUUAAGAACUUUUCAAUGUGCAUAAUUCAUACACACCACCACACGCGCGCAUUUUAUCGAUGUGUUUUUAAUAUUUAUAAUUGAUAUGUGCUCAUAUUUGACAACCUUUACCUAUGAAUGUUGAAAUCGUUGUUAUUACUCUUGUUUAUUCUAUUAAAGUUUAUAUGUAAUAAGGUAUUGUUUAUGCACUAAAUCUUUAUUUUAAUCUAAAUGGUAGAAGUUUCAUGUUAUUAUUAUUAUGCUAUUUUGAUAUGUCAA